AUGGGCACUAGAAAAUGUGAGUGUCCAUUUAAAAUCCGUUGUUACAUGUUGGCUAGCACGAAGUGGAGAUGCUCCGUUGUUUGUGGUUUGCACAACCAUGAUUUGUGCGCAGAAUUACAAGGUCAUCCGGUGGCAUGUCAGCUUAAUCCGGUUGAGAAGGCAUCUAUUAAAGACAUGUUCUUGAAUUUUGUUCAACCGAAAAAUGUAUUUGCCACAUUGAAAAGGACGGAAUCCGACAACAUUUCAAAUAUAAGGAAAAUGUAUAAUCAACGGUACCACAAUAAAAAGGAGAGUAGGGGAGAUAGGAGCGAGAUGCAACAUUUGUUGAAAAUGUUGGAUGAUAACAAAUAUGUGGUGCGGUACAAAUAUUGUGAUGACGAGAAAAUAUGUGAAAAAUAUCCCGAUUUAUUGAAAUACGUUGAAAGCACCAUUCUUGACAAGGUGAAAGAGAAGUUUGUUUGUGCAUGGACUGAUAAGGUCAGAUACCUUGGGAAUACAACCACCAAUAGAGUUGAGUCGGCACAUGCUACUUUGAAAAAUUGGUCGUGUGAUAGAAAGGGUGAUUUGUGUAAAGCAUGGGACACCAUAAAUCACAUGAUUUUGAACCAACACAAUGAAAUACAAACGUUAUUUGGUCGGAGCAUUAUGGUUUUGGAGCAUCGAUUUAAGAACAACAUCCUUUACUCUAAAUUGAUCGGCAAUGUGUCUCGGGCCGGAUUGAAUUAUAUCUUUCAUGAGGCGAAUCGAGGUGAAAUAAUUGGUGGCGAUACUGCAAAGUGUGGUUGCACUAUUACUAUCACGUAUGGUCUCCCGUGUGCUUGUGCUAUUGCUAAAAAAGUGAGAUUAGGUGAGCCAAUAACAAUGAAUAAAAUCACUCCUCAUUGGAAGAGACUUAGUUUUGAUGAUAAUGGUUGUGUCGAAGAAGAUUCGAAUAUCUCUAUUAUUUCCGAAUUGGAAGUGAUACAAGAGAGGUUUUCGAAGGUCGAUGACUACACGAAAUUAUACAUCAAAGAACAAUUGAGGAGGAUUGGAUUUUCCGAAACAACCGACAUGAAACCGUCGUCUCAACCCGUUAAGACAAAAGGUGCUCCAAAGAAAGUGAGGUCUACGCCAAAUGACAACUCGACAACACGGUCUCCUUCAUAUUGUGAGCACGUCGACAAACUCUUUCCUGACUCACUUACUCCAAAAUCGCAAAAAUCCUAA